ACGAGUGAAAAAGAACAGAGCUUUUUAGAGAGAGAAAGAAGUGGUGAAGAGAGAGAGACUCAGAAGAAGAUCUGAAAUCGAGCAACCACAGUUUAAUUUUGUAGAUCGAGGAGGGUUUUUUUCCCUAGACUUGCUGCGUUUCUCGUUGGAUUUGGCGGUUAAAACUUGGGGAAACUCAAGUUUGGGUGAAUUUGAGGAGGUUAAAUGAGGGUUUUGAUGGAGGUAGUAAAACCCUAGCUUGGAUUGAUUGGAGGAGGUGAAUUGUGUCGUUGGAGAUUGGAGAAGGGUAAAUUAGGGUUUUAAGCCCUACUAUAUAUGUAUGGCUUCGGCGACAGUUGUUGGAGAAGGAAAAGAGGCUGCAAGAGAGAAGCAGAGGUACACGGAGAGCAAGGUUUAUACUAGGAAAGCGUUUAAGGGUCCCAAGAAAAACAAUCUUGUCAACACCACAGCUAAGAACAGCAACAACGCCGACGACGACAACAAGAACAGCAACAACAACAAUAGCAGUGGCAACAACAACAACGUCAACAGCACUGCUCUGAACAACACCGCUGUCACCACAAACGCUGUCACAUUGAAUGACGACGGCAAUGCUAAUGACAAGAAUAAUGACGACGACAACCACCACCACAACUCUGCUGUAGCACCAGCUCAGCCUCUGCCUUUGGAGGAUGUGAAUUCCGCACACCAACAGCCUGUUCCGUAUGUAGAUACUGCAGUUUCUGAUGACUCUUCGAGUCUUAACAAACACCAGGUUGUGGCAGGCAACGGAGCAGUGAAGUCCAGUUCAGAGAACCGGGUUAAGAUUAAUUUGGCUUCAAGGUCAAAGCAGGAGAUGCGGGAUUUGAGGAGGAAGCUGGAGAGUGAGCUUGAUCUGGUGAGGAAUUUGGUGAAGAGAAUUGAAGCUAAAGAAGGGCAAAUAGGUGGUUUUAGUAAUUCCCGUCUUCUGUUGAAUGACAGUGUUGAUUAUGGACUGAAGAGGGUUCAAUCAGAGGUGGCUUCAGUGGGUAUUCCUCAGGAGCCUGUUAGGCAAUCAAGGCCCUUGAACCAGUUGAGUAUUUCUGUCUUGGAAAAUAGCCAGGGUAAUGAAAAUUUGGAGAAGGAGAAGAGAACACCAAAGGCGAAUCAGUUCUAUCGAAAUUCUGAGUUUUUGCUUGCAAAGGAUAAGUUUCCACCCGCUGAGAGUAACAAAAAGUCAAAAUUGAACGGGAAGAAGGCAGGAGGAGGCGAAUUUACUCAUGGGUUUGGUAUGGGUAACAAGUUCUUUAAGAGCUGUAGUUCUUUGCUUGAAAGGCUAAUGAAACAUAAGCAUGGUUGGGUCUUUAAUGCUCCUGUUGAUGUCAAAGGUUUGGGUUUACAUGAUUACUAUAGCAUCAUUAAGCAUCCCAUGGAUUUGGGUACUGUGAAGUCAAGGCUUAACGCGAACUGGUACAAGUCACCUAGAGAGUUUGCAGAGGAUGUGAGACUGACAUUUCGCAAUGCUAUGACAUAUAAUCCUAAGGGACAAGAUGUUCAUGUAAUGGCUGAGCAGUUAUCAAAGAUAUUCGAGGACAAAUGGGCUGUUAUAGAGGCAGAUUAUAUUCGAGAGAUGAGACUUGCAAUAGAAUAUGAAGUGAGUCUUCCUACAGCAACACCAAGAAAGGCACAUCCAAUGCUACCACCUCCACUUGAUAUGAGAAGGAUCUUGGAUAGAUCGGAGUCGAUGAUACGCCCUGUUGAUAUGAGACCAAAGCUCAUUGCUACUACUCCUUCAAGUAGGACCCCUGCUCCAAAAAAGCCCAAGGCAAAGGAUCCAUAUAAGAGAGACAUGACUUAUGAGGAGAAGCAGAAGCUUAGUACUAACCUUCAGAGUUUGCCUUCAGAGAAGCUGGACAACAUUGUACAGAUUAUUAAGAAAAGGAAUUCGUCUCUCUUUCAACAUGACGAUGAAAUUGAAGUAGACAUUGACAGUGUGGAUACUGAGACUCUCUGGGAGCUUGAUAGAUUUGUGACCAACUACAAGAAAAGUUUGAGCAAAAACAAGAGAAAAGCUGAACUUGCCAUUCAAGCCAGAGCAGAAGCUGAGCAGAUUGUACCUGAGAAGACCACCCCUGCUCCUGUUUUGGUGGAAGUCCCAAAAGAAGCCACAACUAAUGAGCAGAAUGCGUCUGCUUCAUCACCUGUUGAAGUCGACAAACAGGGAGAUAAUGCUAGUAGGUCGAGUAGUUCAAGUAGCUCUAGCAGUGAUUCUGGGUCUUCUUCAAGUGACUCCGAUAGUGAAAGUUCCUCAGCGUCUGGGUCUGAUGCUGGUCACUCACCAAGGUCUUGAAUGUUUUUGUGUCAGUGGCUGAUCAAAGAAAUUAGAGUAGGUGCUGAUCCAUUGUGAUCCUGAAGCUUUGCGAGUUGUGUUUAUGAUUUUGAAGUAGCAUUUGGUGUAUAGUGGAGAAGUUUUUGGUGCCUCGACGGGCUCCUGCCAUUUAGCCACCGGAGAGUGGGUCUGUUAGCACUCCACAUGUGGACUAUCUGUAUAAUAUUUGGUAGAAUGUGGUCAUGGUUAGGAAAAGUAGGGUUUGUUUGUGUAGCACGUGUACAUUGCUAACUACUGCUGCUCAUCCUAGUUUCAGGGACUUGGUUUUCGGUUUAUUAUGGCAGAUUCAGGAUUCUUUUGAUGUUAUAUACAGAAAACAGCAUUGUAAUUCAAGUUGAUGAAGUCAUAAUUGCUUCACAUUAAAUAAUCUCUGUGAAAGGGCGCUUAUCUGA